UCUCAUUAGGAGGAUGCCUGUACUUCUGUAUCAUCAGUGCGGAGAAGCUUGUACUGUGUGUUGAGUUAAUCAUGCUGAGGAUGAUGGGAAGACGCCUGACACUCAUUUUACUGUCUUCAGUUGCAGUACUGAUCACAGCUGACACUGUAAAUGUGAGGUUGGUUGAUGGUCACAGUCGCUGUGCUGGUAGAGUGGAGGUUCAUCAUAGAGGUCAGUGGGGAACAGUGUGUGAUAUUUUCUGGGAUUUGGCUGAUGCUGCAGUGGUGUGUAGAGAACUGGACUGUGGAGAACCUGUAGAUGCUCUGAGUAAUGCACACUUUGGACAAGGAUCUGGACCAAUCUGGAUGGGUUUUGUCAUGUGUGCUGGAUCAGAGUCCACACUGAAGGACUGUGGAUCGUCAUGGUGGCAACGGAAUUCUUGUGAUCAUGCUAAAGAUGCUGGAGUCAUUUGCUCAGAAGUCAGGCUGGUUGGAGGUUCUCGCUGUUCUGGGAGGUUAGAGAUACUUCAUGAUCAGACGUGGAUGUCAGUGUGUGACGCUGCCUUUGACCAGCAGGAUGCAGAGGUUGUGUGUAGAGAGCUGGACUGUGGGGCUCCUGUACAGGUGCUGGGAGCAGCUGCUUUUGACAAAGGAGAUGCUCAGAUGUGGACACAAGAGAUUCAGUGUAGAGGAAAUGAAUCUCAGAUUAAUAUGUGUCCAACAUCAUACAGAUUUACACCUACAUACAACUGUUCUCACAAAAAUAGUGUUGGACUGCUUUGUGCAGAAAUAAUACAUGUGCACUUGGUUAAUGGUAGCGGUCCCUGCAGUGGGACAGUGGAGAUUCUUCAUAGAGGUCAGUGGGGAACAGUGUGUGAUAAUGGUUGGGAUUUGGCUGAUGCUGCAGUGGUGUGUAGAGAACUGGACUGUGGAGAACCUGUAGAUGCUGUGAGUGAUGCUCAUAUUGGACUUGGAUCAGAACCAAUCUGGAAGAGUAAUGCAAUGUGUACUAGAUCUGGGUCCACACUGAAAAAGUGUGGAUCCGUCACAUGGGGGCUUCAUAGUGUGUGUCAGAGCAAGAAUGCAGGAGUCAUGUGCUCAGGUGUCAGACUGGUUGGAGGUUCUCGCUGCUCUGGGAGGUUAGAGAUACUUCAUAAUCAGACGUGGAUGUCAGUGUGUGAUGCUGCCUUUGACCAGCAGGAUGCAGAGGUUGUGUGUAGAGAGCUGGACUGUGGGGCUCCUGUACAGGUGCUGGGAGCAGCUGCUUUUGGCAAAGGAGACGCUCAGAUGUGGACACAAGAAAUUCAGUGUAGAGGAAAUGAAUCUCAGAUUCACCUCUGUCCAACAUCACAAUCACACAAGUACAACUGUUCACAUGUCAGUGAUGUCGGACUGGUGUGUGCAGACAGUGUGAAUGUGAGGUUGGUUGGUGGUCACAGUCGCUGUGCUGGUAGAGUGGAGGUUCAUCAUAGAGGUCAGUGGGGAACAGUGUGUGAUGCUGGUUGGGAUAUGACUGAAGCUGCAGUGGUGUGUAGAGAACUGGACUGUGGAGAACCUGUAGAUGCUCUGAGUGAUGCUUAUUUUGGACAAGGAUCAGGACCAAUCUGGACAAAUCGCAUAAUAUGUACUGGAUCAGAGACUACACUGAAGAAUUGUGGAUCAGUUCAGUUGUAUGAUUAUGACUGUAAUCAUCAUAGAGAUGCUGGAGUCAUCUGCUCAGUCGCUGUGCUGGUAGAGUGGAGGUUCAUCAUAGAGGUCAGUGGGGAACAGUGUGUGAUGCUUAUUGGGAUUUGGCUGAUGCUGCAGUGGUGUGUAGAGAACUGGACUGUGGAGAACCUGUGGAUGCUCUGGGUGGUGCUCACUUUGGUCAAGGAUCAGGACCGAUCUGGAUGA